UUGAUUUAGAAACCUCGGCCGGAGCCAUUAGCAGCUCUCUGCUGACAAUCUGCAAACAGUAAUGAAGCUUUUGCUGACUUUCUUAGCACUUAAUAUAUUCUUCCUUUUCACCUCCUCUUCUCCCCCGACAUGCUAUUCAAGAGUUGUAACCCUGAGCCGGGAAAUCACUGAGUCUUUUCAAACCUUGCAGAGGAUUUUGCCAGCUGGGCAGUGUAAAGAGUCUCUACCCACGCUUUAUCUGGAUAUACAUAAUUCCUGUGUGAUGAUAAAGCUGCGCUCUUUUAUCUCCACACCUAAUUGUGGAAGGUUUCCAAGAGUGACCGCCUUAAAGAAGAAAGUGAGAAAUUUAUAUAACAUCAUGAACUCAGUCUGCAAACGAGACUUGGUCUUCUUCAUUGACGACUGUGAUGCACUUGAAAAUCUGCCAUCUACUACUCCUAUGCCAUUCAACUCAAGAUAAAAUAUGAAUUCAAAUACCCCUACGUGUCUGUAGUUUGGAGACAAGGAAAUCAUAAAAAAAUACUCCCAACUCGACGAUUGGAAAAAUCAUUCCUAUCCAAUAAGUUUCUUGAGGUAGUAUUGUUUCUUCAGGUGUAAGCUGCGUUCUUCCAACACAAUGUAAUCCACUAUGGCUCCUUUUCCAUGGGCAGAGUGAUGCGCUGCUGACAAGCUAUGAUUUUAAAGGAAGUUUCCAGGAUUACUAUGGUUUUUAGCAGAUAUGCUCAUGUACAUCUUCCCCAUACUUUUCUUUUUUAGUUUGUACUCUCUCCUUCUUUUCACCAUGUAAACCAAUCACUCUUGUUUGUUUCCAUCCCGUAUGUAGCACUUCCUGUUCCUGUAUCCAACCAAACCCAUGAUGCACUUCUCCUUCCUCUGCCACUGCUCCGGCACCGCCCCUAACAACGCCCAGCUAGUUUAUAGCUCCUCCCACUCAGCUACUUACACAGACCGUCUCCUAUCACUGACACACCCAUGGCCAUGACAUAACAGGAAAUAAGAAAAAGAUGCAUGGACAUGGUCAUGUGGCCACAGCCAAAAAUGGAAGAUUGGAGCAUUUACAGUACAUUACAAAGCUACAG